UUUUUCUAUUUGUCCAGCAGACUGAAUUUUCCAAUCACCAAACGAAGACCGAUUUCUCUUUUCAGAAGUUCUUCUGAAACUCUCGUGUUCAAUAACUAAAAAAAUAAAUAAAACAAAAAUAAAAUGUCGAAAAAUCUUUGCAUUGCUUUAAUCGUAGUUAUCUGUGCAUCAGCCAGUCUCGCUGCAACUUGUUCCAGCCCAAAAGUAACAGUGUCUUCGUUUAGUACAACCGAUGCUACAAUUCUCACUCAACUUGCCCACGUUGGAGAAUUCACAUUGAAGUGUUCCAAUGGCGAAAAACCCCAACUCUUUGCUGAAUUCGAAUGUGGCAAAGUUGUUCCAGUUGCUCGUGUUGGAGAUGAUAAAUAUCAAAUCAGUUGGACCGAAGAUGCUAAGAAGGGUAGCAGCGGCAGCAAGGUUAUCCGUCUCUUCGACGAAGAAGGUUACUCAAGCAUCCGCAAGGCUCAACGUGAUGGCGACAAAGUUGCAUCUGUGAAAUCAUUGACAGACAUUACCAUUAGCGUGCCAAAGGCAUACAGCGGUCCAUGGGUCAACUCUGAAUUGGUUGCUGCUCUCGUGGCAGCUUUCGUUUCUCACUUUGCCUUCACCACCAAGAGCAAAUUGCAAGCGUAGAUUUUUGAAUUGAAUGAAAUUCAUUCGUAAACAUUUUUUGUCACCUCAAGAGUAGUAGAAAAGAACUAAUUUAUAAGAGACCCUUUCUUGUGAAGUUUAAUUCAUUUUUUUUACAAUAAAAAAAAUUAUUAAAUAUAAA